AUGGCUUCAUUCAUCACCACCAUGUCUGUCCCCGCUCCUCCUACCCCUGUUCAUUCCUCCUCCACCCUGGGCGAAUCACCGACCCGAUCCCCUUCUCUGAGUCUCAGCCCCUCAUUCUAUCAAACCACCCGCACUUCCCAUAUUCCUGCCCUAGAACCUCCAUCUUAUCUUUCGCCAGCUGUGCGCGCUCUCAAACAAGGUUGCUUUGGACUAACACCUCCCAGCAAUGCGCGGACAAGAGCUCCAUUUAAGCCCCGCUCCGCUGCCAAGGGCACCAGCAGUUACCAAUUGAGGCAAUUUGCUGAGGCCACUCUAGGAAGUGGCAGUUUGCGCAAGGCCGUCAAACUCCCCGAAGGCGAAGACUUGAAUGAGUGGCUUGCUGUGAACGUCGUCGAUUUCUACAACCAGAUCAACCUCCUCUACGGUUCUAUAACUGAAUUCUGCUCACCACAGACAUGUCCUGAAAUGAAGGCGACCGAUGAGUUCGAGUAUUUGUGGCAAGACUCGGAGAACUACAAGCGACCAACAAAAAUGUCUGCACCAGAGUACAUUGAGCACCUGAUGACAUGGGUACAAAGCAAUAUCGACAACGAACAGAUGUUCCCUAGCCGAAUCGGCGUGCCUUUCCCCAAGACUUUCUCCAGUCUUCUUCGCCAGCUUUUCAAGCGCUUAUACCGUGUCUACGCCCAUAUCUACUGCCACCACUACCCUGUAGUCGUGCACCUUGGGCUGGAGCCGCACCUUAACACCAGCUUCAAGCACUACGUUCUAUUUAUUGAUGAACAUAAGUUGGCCAGCGGGAAAGACUACUGGGGCCCGCUAGGAGACUUAGUGGACAGCAUGCUCCGCAGCGACUGA